AUGGACGUAUCAAGGAGCUUUGACACAUUCAACUUAUCACGCAAUCGCAUUCGUGUGAAUGAGCUUAAUGAGGAGGAGGAGCACGCCAACGCCGCGUACGUGGAGAAACACAACCUGCAGAGCCUCUUCUCAGAGAUGUCUGAGCUACUCUCAGAGAAGGAUCCAAAAACGGAAUUGGAGGCCGAACGCAUUCUGUUGGAUUUCUUGUCGCAUCGUAAGGCGGAGCGUGACCGUGCGGCUCUGCGGCUUCAGUUUAACCACUCAUUUGAAGUAAACCUUGACAACGGGCGUAAAAUUAUGAAACUGCAGCUGGGCCAAGAAACGUCUACACUUCAGUUGGAGCAAAAAGCUCGUGUGUGGAGAAUUGACGAGACGUUUGCUAUUUCGUUGGAGCAAGCGGAGGAGCUAACAGAGAUGUUUUAUGAACUUGGCCGUUUUGUUGUGGAAGGGACUAAAGGGGAACAGGGAGGAUUCAUUAGUAUUGAUGAGCGGGAUGUGUAUUUACUCGCUGCAGGGAGGGAAUGCGCGGAGGCGGGGGACGAGCUCUUUAAUUUGGCGAUGCACUUCAACAUGGACCGUGGAAAGAAAUUAGAACCAACUUCGGGGGAGGAAGUAUAG